AUGCGGAUAAGGACUCCAACCUUGCUAACAAGUGAGCGAGUAGGUGGAGUUCCCCUUAGCCUCGACCAACAUUCCAUGCCUGGGGUUCUCCGAUCUGCUUUCUUAUUCGUCUCUUCGGAUGAAACAAGGAGUGAGCUUCCCCCUGGCCUAACUCUUGCUGAUGAACCUUACUCGCUUGCUAACUCCCUUCCCUGGACAUUGGCUUCUUUCUUACCUAUAAUAUUACCAACUGCUGUUAUUCCGCUAAAGCCAGGAGAGCGUCUAAUGAAAGUGGAAAAAUCGUCUGGCCCGAAAAUCGUCUUCUUUCUGUCCUCCGAAAAAGAAAAAGGAGUUAGAAUAUUGACAUUAUCAAUUGCCCACGUGAAAGCUUUAAAGCAAGGUUCGCAAGACAGUCAGAAUCAGAAAGAGAGCCUAAAAGAAGAAGAGUCACUCACUCCUCCGCCAAGAAGUAAAGCAACCCCUGCUGUUCUCAUUGCUGCGUCGAAAGGGGUAGGGAGGGAGAGGUCUAUCAAUGACUUAAAAACGACGUUGCCUACUCACCACCUUGCUCUUAUGAAAGAGGACAUUCGUGAACAACCCCUAGAUUCGGAUUAG